CUUCUCGUUUCUUUCUUUCUUUCAUUCUUUUUAUUCCACUAUGCAGCAUUAGCUGCUGUCAGAAGGGUUUUGCUGCCAGUCCGGACUUGUUCAGACGGCAGCUCAUGAUCGCAGAUCAAGUUAUUUGUUGUUUAAAGCGACAGAAAGUGAAAGUAAGUCGAAAUUUAUCUUCCCCUGAAGAGACUGUGGAGAUUCACCUGCUUCUGGGAAAAUGGUUCACGGACAUUUCCUGGCUGUUUUCGUCUCUUUACUUCAUUUAGUUGCUGCAGAGAAUGUGAAAUAUGCCCUCCUGGGUCAGACAGUCAUUCUGAAUCCACAAAUCAAGGCAUCUGGUGCAAAUAACUUCCUGUGGAAACACAACAGGGACAAAGUGGUGGAGUUUAAUAGAAACGAGCAGCUUGAGUACCCACCGUUUAAAGAUAGGAUCACAUUGGACUGGCACACUGCAGCGCUGGAGAUCACCGACCUCAGAUACGAAGACAGUGGAGACUAUGAACUGGGGGUGUUUGUGAAGAAAGAAUUCACAUCUUUCCCUUUCAAACUAAAGGUCAUUGGUAAAGUAUCCAAACCUUCCAUAUCCUGUGAGAUAGAAGACACCAGCUCUGAUGAAUCUGGAAACCGGGCCUCACUGAAAUGCUCUGCAGAAUCCAGCCGUUCUGAGUCCUUAAUGAAGUUUGAAUGGAGCUGGCGUGGCAGCAUGCAGCCCGGCCCAAAUUUAACAAUCCCUCUGGGGGAUGAGAAUGAUGAGGAAGAGUACAGUUGUACUGUGAGCAACCCGAUGUCCAGAGAGACGACGACUUUCUCUGCAAGGAGCUGCUACUCUGAGACGAAUUUAACUGGGAUCAUUGUCGGGUGUGUCAUUGCUGUCCUUCUGGUGGUUUUGCUGCUAUUCCUGAAACGAAGACGACGUAAACCAGAACAAAACAGAAGUGACCCUGAACAAAAUCCUUUACUGAAUACACAGCCCACCUCUCAGUCUCCUCCACAACCAGCAGGCUUUGCUGAAGAGAACGACGACACAGAGUCGGUUGAUGUGAAGAAAACGACACAAAAUUUUCAAGAGAUGAUCGAUGAGCAUCAGAAUUCCACUCCUGCUAAACCUCCUGGUCCUGGCAAACCUUUGUCUCCAUUGAAAUUGAAUUUUUCAGUCACAUCUCAAGAGGGUGGCAUCGAUGAACAGAAAAAAGAGAACAACUUGGAUCAAGUCAGUGGAGAACUUCCACAAAACCCUGCUGGAGAGUCAAGCUUGGAGGAGAAAAACCAGUCAGAUGAGGAAAACAGAAGUGACCCUGAGCAAAGAACUUUAAAUGGUGGACUUUCCACCUCUCAGUCUCCUCUGCAAUCCCCAGACUGUGCUCAAGAGGAUGACGACACAGAGCCAGAUAAAGGCAUCAAUUCUCCUCCUGGUAAACCACCUCGUUCUCCCACACCACCGUCUCCACCUGCACCGGACCCUUCAAACACACCUGAUGAGGGUGGCAUCGAUAAACACAAGGAAGACAACAACUCGGAUCAAAUCAAUCGAAAACUUCCACAAGACACCGCUGGAGAGUCGAGCUUGGAGGAAGGAAAACAGCAGACGGAGGUUCUCCAAGGGUCAAAACCUGAAGUCCCUCAUAUAGGUAUUGAUAUCCCAAAUGUUGCAGAUACAGCAGCUGCUAAUCAGGCAGAAAAGGACAACACUGUGUCUAACAGUCAGUCAACCAGCGACAAUGAGGCAAGUGACACAAAAGAGGAACCUGCUGGUCAACAAGAGGACCAGGUCCCUGUAAAUCCAACACCUGAAGACGCCAAAGACUCAGAGAUGAGUCUGGCUGCUGAUGGAGUCGGAGACUCUCCAACAGAGACGCAAACUUCAGGACAGAUAGAAAAUGAACCCGACCCAGAGAACAGCAAACAAGAAGAGAAAAAAAAUACUAAAGACGAUCAAGAAGAAAAUCAGCAGCCUGAGAGUCAACGAAGCUCAAGACAAGGAAUUCAUGACUCUUUAAAAUCAGCUGGUAUCUCUACUGAUGAAACUGACAAACAAGACAAAGUCAGUUCCAGGCGCAGCAGUCAGUCUGAGAAUAACUCCAAAGAGACUGGAGGAGAUGAAGGUGAAAGACAAGAUGAACAAAGAGACGUUGAUGCCAGUGAACAUGUUGAUAGUGCAAACUCAGUUUCAGAUAAAGUGAUCGAUCCUCCUGCUCCAGCCACUAGAGAACCUUCUCAAAACCCUGCUGGAGAGUCAAGCUUGGAGGACAAAAACCAGUCAGACGGAGGAAAGACAAGUGACCCUGAGCACAAAAGUAAUGCCAGCACAGAGCCAGGCCCUGGGAAAGAAGGUGCAGCAUCAAGCAGCGGUCCAGAGGGGGCAGAUAAAGGCAUCAAUUCUCCUGGUAAACCACCUCAUACUCCCACACCACCGUCUCCACCUGCACCGGUCUCUUCAAACACACCUGAUGAGGGUGGCAUUGAUAAACACAAGGAAGACAACAACUCGGAUCAAAUCACUGGAAAACUUCCACAAGACACCGCUGGAGAGUCGAGCUUGGAGGAAGGAAAACAGCAGACGGAGGUUCUCCAAGGGUCAAAACCUGAAAUCCCUCAUAUAGGUAUUGAUAUCCCAAAUGUUGCAGAUACAGCAGCUGCUAAUCAGGCAGAAAAGGACAACACUGUGUCUAACAGUCAGUCAACCAGCGACAACGAGGCAAGUGACACAAAAGAGGAACCUGCUGGUCAACAAGAGGACCAGGUCCCUGUAAAUCCAACACCUGGAGACGCCAAAGACUCAGAGAAGAGUCUGGCUGUUGAUGGAGUCGGAGACUCUUCAACAGAGACGCAAACUUCAGGACAGAUAGAAAAUGAACCCGACCCAGAGAACAGCAAACAAGAAGAGACAAAAAAUACUAAAGACGAUCAAGAAGAAAAUCGGCAGCCUGAGAGUCAACGAAGCUCAAGACAAGGAAGCCAUGACUCUUUAAAAUCAGCUGGUAUGUCUACUGAUGAAACUGACGAACAAGACGAAGUCGGUUCCAGGCGCAGAAGUCAGUCUGAGAAUAACUCCAAAGAGACUGGAGGAGAUGAAGGUGAAAGACAAGAUGAACAAAGAGACGUUGAUGCCAGUGAACAUGUUGAUAGUGCAAACUCAGUUUCAGAUAAAGUGAUCGAUUCUCCGGCUCCAGCCACUAGAGAACCUUCUCAAAACACUGCUGGAGAGUCAAGCUUGGAGGACAAAAACCAGUCAGACGGAGGAAAGACAAGUGACCCUGAGCACAAAAGUAAUGCCAGCACAGAGCCAGGCCCUGGGAAAGAAGGUGCAGCAUCAAGCAGCGGUCCAGAUGGGGCAGAAGGAAACAAAGGUGACUCUGAUAAAGGAAAGGUGAACAACAAAGAGUCAGAGUCUGGGAAAUAAGAUUCAGCACCAAGCAACAGUUCAGAUGGGCCAGAUAAAGACAUCAAUUCUCCUCCUGGUGAACCACCUCAUACUCCCAAACCACCAUCUCCACCUGCACCGGACCCUUCAAACCAGGGGCGUUACCAGGUGGAGCCGCUGGACCCCGCCGCGCGUGCUGUGGUCCGCCCCUCCAUGAUGUAUGCUUUAUCCAGUUCAUCUAUGCUGCCAUUAGCGGAAGCCCGCACCGUGCCGCCCACUUCUGGUCCGAUGACACAUGUCAGUCGCGAACAUGUGGCCCCGCGGUCCGACGCCGCUGAACGGUCAGACGCUCUGUCACAAUCAGCAGAUUGGGAGUCCAACAAGCUCAACACAAGGAAGUCAUGACUCUUUCACAUCAGCUAGUUCCACGACUGAUGAGGCUGACUAACAAGACAGUCAGUUCCAGUCGCAGCAGUCAGUUUGAGAUUAUCUCUGAAGAGGCUGGAGGAAAUGAAGAUGAAAGACAAAAUCAACAAAGAGGCGUUGAUGCCAGUGAACAUGGGGAUACACAAGAUUACCAAAGUGUCACUUACAGCCACUGCUGGUAAUGCAGACCCGAAGGAGGAAAGACACACAUUAAAGCUUCAAAAGGACAAAGAAGGAAAAAACACACCAAGACUUGUGCAUGGAGUCCCUCACAAGACAGAUGAACACAAAGAAGAAGACAGUUGAAGAGAGGGAGCCAAAGGGAGUCCAAUAUUUGCUCAGUGACUGCAGUAAAUAGCUGAAGUUGAUAUAAAGAGCCUCUGAUAACAUAAUCAUCUGUGUCUCAGUGGCCUGAAGAGAGGAGGGAGGUUCACUGCUGCGUUUCCCUUUUUAAUGUGAUUUAUAUCUUCAGAAACACUCAUAUCAGUGUCUCAGCAAAAAGAAGUUAUUAUACAUGAUAGGUAAAUCUUAGUAAGCAUUUUUGAGAUAUCAUAGAUCUUCUGUGCUCUCCUCAGCCUCACAGGGUUUUCUUCCAGAGAACAGAGGAGAUCCUCCUGUCUUUUCACCAUUUAACUUUUACUCUUUUCAUUCUUUUCUAAUGUGUCUUAUUAGCUAAUUUGUCUUUGCUUUUACUGACACAAUACUGCAUGAUUGAUGAUGAGAAUGUUUAUAUUUAAAGUGGUUUUUUUUACCUUAAAGGUGCAUUAAGGAGUUUUUCAACUUUAAAAAUGAUGUGUACAAUGUGCCCUGACAUAUUCAUUACAAGUACCUCUAACAGCGCUAAAUUGUCCCUU